GGAGCGAGCGCGGGAGGAGGCGGCGGCGGCGGCGCCCGCGCUGUGGCUGGAGCGGCGGCCGCGGGGGGCGGGGGUCUCGGUGCAGGGAACAGCCGGCCUCCUCGCCCCAGCCGCGGGGAGCAGGGACGCCGAGGAGGGGGAAGGGGCGAGCGGAGCGCCGCGCCGCGUCGCCCGCUCCCCUUUAGGACCGCGCCGCCGAGCGACCGCCGCCGCCGCCGCCGGCGGGGAGGAAGGGGCGAGUCUCCCCCGAGCCUUCAUUCGCCCCGCGGCUUCCCUUCCUAGGCCCGGUGCCGGAGGGGGGGGGGUGGGGGGGGGCGCGCGGACCCCCGCAGGUCCCCUCAGGCUCGGGCUCGGCGGUGCCCGGGGCGGGUGUUGGUGACUUCAGAGUCAUUUAGGGGUUUAGUUCUGAGGAAGUAGAGACACGAGGAUUGAGUCUAUUUUACGUAGAAAGCUACAGUUCUUCAUCAGUACUCUUCUUCCUCCUUCCCAUCCCUCCUCCCCCGUAGGGGAGGACAAUUUGGGAAUUACUUUAACAGUCAUUUACUCCCCCUUUCCCCCCUCAGAAAUCUACCUUGGUCCCCGAAGCAUCCGCUAGACAUUGCCCGUUAUAGGACCAGGAAAACGUUAUCAUCAUCAUCCCUUGCUUGCUUUGGGAGCUUCAGUAGCACCCUUCCCUCCUUCGGAGUGCAGUGCAGACAGGCAUCCAGCAGACUUCCCUGCCACCCUUUUUGGGUGGGUAGUGGAGGAUCCAGGAAAAGGGGAACCCAGCGAGGCACGUGACCUCCUUACGGGAGCCAGAACUGAAGCAGCACUUGGCACGCUGAAGGAAGCACCCAUCUUUGGUCUCUUUUUCGUCUUCCGCUCCGUCCUCACCAAAUUUGUGAAGUUCCAUUGAAAGGAAACCUUGAAGGCUGCAAGACAAGUCCAAGAUGUGCAGUUCAGUUGCUCCCAGGCUGUGGUUCUUAACAGACCGUCGCAUCAGAGAAGAUUACCCUCAGCAGGAGAUCCUGAGAGCGCUGAAGGCCAAGUGCUGUGAAGAGGAGCUAGAUUUCCGGGCCUUGGUGAUGGAUGAAGUGGUGCUGACCAUUGAGGAUGGAAAUCUUGGUCUCCGGGUGAAUGGGGAGCUCAUUACUGCUUACCCGCAAGUGGUAGUUGUGCGUGUACCAACACCUUGGGUCCAGAGUGACAGCGAUAUCACAGUCCUUCGCCACUUAGAGAAGAUGGGCUGUCGAUUGAUGAAUCGUCCCCAAGCCAUCCUCAACUGUGUCAACAAGUUCUGGACAUUUCAAGAACUUGCUGGUCAUGGUGUGCCUCUUCCAGACACUUUUUCAUAUGGUGGUCAUGAGAAUUUUGCCAAAAUGAUUGAUGAGGCGGAAGUGCUGGAGUUCCCUAUGGUGGUGAAGAACACGCGGGGUCACCGAGGUAAAGCUGUGUUCCUGGCACGAGACAAGCACCAUUUGGCAGACCUAAGCCAUUUGAUUCGUCAUGAUGCCCCUUACUUAUUUCAAAAAUACGUUAAAGAGUCCCAUGGCAAGGAUGUACGUGUCAUCGUAGUAGGAGGCCGUGUGGUGGGCACCAUGCUCCGCUGCUCAACAGAUGGGAGGAUGCAGAGUAACUGCUCACUUGGUGGCGUAGGGAUGAUGUGCUCACUGAGUGAACAAGGCAAGCAGUUGGCAGUCCAAGUGUCAAACAUCCUGGGGAUGGACGUGUGUGGCAUUGACCUGCUGAUGAAGGACGACGGUUCAUUCUACGUCUGCGAGGCCAAUGCAAAUGUAGGUUUCAUUGCCUUUGACAAGGCUUGUAAUCUAGAUGUAGCUGGUAUCAUAGCGGACUAUGCCGCUUCUCUCCUUACCCCCGGUCGCUUGACGCGGCGCAUGUCCUUGCUCUCUGUGGUGUCCACGGCAAGCGAGACUAGCGAGCCAGAGCUGGGCCCUCCAGCUAGUGCCGCUGUCGACAAUAUGAGUGCUAGCUCCAGCUCUGUCGACAGCGACCCUGAGACCACGGAGAGAGAGUUGCUCACCAAGCUCCCGGGGGCUCUAUUCAACAUGAACCAGCUAUUAGCCAAUGAGAUCAAACUUCUGGUGGAGUGAUGCCACAUGUAAAUAGAUGACCAACAGAACUCUCUCUUGUAAAUUUUUUUUUUUUUAAACCAACUUGCAAUGCUGUUUAUCAGAGAAGCUCAGAGGGAUGAGGAAAGGGGGGGGGGUAUGUGUCAAUCAAGAGAGCAAGAGUGAAAGGCACACGUGCUGUGGUUGCUGCCCUUUUUUGCAGAACAUAAAAUUGUGUUCAUUCUUCAGCAUCAGUUUUCUAAUGAAGAUGCUCAGUUCACAGCCUAAGUGGGAAUUUUAUUUGGAUGCUGCUUUGGUCCCCAGACAUAUUGCAGUUCAUGUGUGUUCACAGGCAAGCAUUGAAGCAUGAUUCACACUUGGAAGAUUUUCGGAAAGCUGUCUGGCAGCUCUCUAGAAACUUCUGUGAAUUACUGCACCAGUUAAGUCUUUUCUACCUCUGUAAGGCUUGAUCCUGUAAACUGCCGAGUGCCUCAAUUUCUCAACGUGAGUUGAAGGUGUUAAAUACCAGGUUUUUAAAGUUCUGGACACCUACUGUUCCUACUGCUGUAGAUGGGAGCUGUAAGUUCAGGAUCCUUUGAGAGUCACCACUUUCUGACCUUGCAGGAUUAUGGCCUUUCAAAUGAUGAGGCUGAGAGAAGUGUCAGUUGACUUAACGUGAGCUUUCUGUACAAAUCUGUAAUUUGUGCCAUCUUGGUAUUAAUUGGCAGCUUUGUGUCUAUAUUUCUUUAUAAAGUUCUUCUCAUUUCAAAUCCUAAUUUUGGAAGGUAUGUAGGGGGAUUGGGGAUUGGUCAUAUUCUAUUUGUGGCAGAAGUGGCACGUUUUAACUAUUUUUUGCAUGAUUGGAGGAGAUAAACAGCACUGUAAUGUUUGGUAUACAAAUGUUUAAUCCAAUGUGAAAAAGAAUUACACUAGUUUAAAGCAAACGUGCAUCGACUUGUAUUUGUUAGUGUUUUAGUCUUUUUGAGAGAGAUCUGCAAUGUUAAUGUUCCUUUUUCUUUAAUACAUGCUAGUCCAACACUCCCUUCUCUAUGCCUGCAUCUUUAACAGUGGCCAAAGUGAAAACACUGCAGAUGUAUUGUUAAGAAAACACUGAGUUAAAGCCUGUACAUUGGUGGGGUGGUGGGUUUUUCUGGGUUUUUUUUGUUUGUUUGUUUUUAUUUUUUGCUUUUUUGGGGGGGGAAACGUGGUAAGGUAUGGAGGAUGGAAAAGUUGGUUAAAAAUGAUUAAAUAUCUAGAGGUACUUUAUGCUAAAGCUGCAGUUUAUACAAUACUUACCAGGCUUACUUUUUCCCCACUGAACAUAAAAGCUGAUGUUGGCAGAAAUCCAAAGAGUAUAACUGGGGAGAAAUACUCAAUUCUUAGCUUUGGGAAACAUGCAGCAGAUUUAAAGAAGAAAAAUCAAAAAAAAAAAAAAAAAAGGGAAAAAAGAAGGAAAAAAAAAAAAAAGAGAGCUCAGCCAGAAUUAAAAAAAAAAAAAAUAUAUAACCUAGGUCCACAAACAAUUAAAAAAUUAAUCCUGGACCCUUACGUGUGUGUGGUGUGAGUGCACACACUUGUGUGUGUUUGUGUGUGUGCAUUUGCUUUGCUUUAUUUCUUUUUGGGUUUUGGCUGUUUAGCUCCUAAUUUUUUUCCAGGCUGCCUGAUUUUCCUUAGUCCUUCUGGCUGUGCAUUUUCUCAUUAGCCUUGAGCUGUUUUGGAAAACAGAUAACCAAAACAGAUACUGAGUCCAUUUUUCAGUCCCUAUCUUCCCCCUUCUUUUCCUCCUCCUCCUUCUCCUCCCUCCCUUUUCAUUCCUUUCUCAUUCUCUGGGUUCAUAAAGCCCUGGAAUUAUAGAGAUAUAUAUAUAUAUAAAAAGAUAAGCCUCUUUUUUUAAAAACAAAAAGUAAAACGUUUACAAUUGAAAAAUAAUCUUGUGAAAAUAGGGUUUGUUUGGAGGGGGGUUGUGUGUGUGCAAUGCUGCUGUUUUCUGGAUACUUUAAUGGAGCAUGUCCCAUGUACCCUCUGAAGCUCUGCACUGCCCACCUCUGUGGCCCUUCCUCACCUCUCUGCUGCUCUGCUGUUUUAUCUUCACUUGGACCUUAAACACAACUCACGGACACUAUGCAGAGAGUCUUCAAGAGGCAAUAAACAGAACAGUAUUAACCUGCUUUAUGGAGGUUUGAUCAUGCUUCUUUGUACAGUUUGGUUUUUUUAUUUUAAAAGGAAUGUAAUAAAAUGGCUUUUUUUUGUAGAAUUAAAUAUUAUUAUUAAAAUCAA